AUGGUCCGCCAUGCCUCUGUGCUCUCCGAGGCCAGGCAGCGGGAUACACACAUCCAGAGAAGCUUCUCGGGAAAGCAGCUUGGAUCUGGGCACCCUGCGCCCCGGGAGCAGGGCGCCCUGCCUGCCGGUGGCCGGGCCCUGCCGGGUCCCCCAGGCCUCCUUCGCCGGGGCUGGAUCAGCCCUGGCCUGAGUGAGCUCCGCCGUCACCAAGGGGAAGCGGCCCUUGGUUACCACUGGCCCGGAGAACACAGAAGGCAAAACAAACACUGGAGCCGCUCCUCGGUGGACUCGCUCCUCACUGCUGGGAACAAUUACAAGGACCUGUGUGUGUCUCCACUCAUUCACCUGCUCCUCAGAGUCGCUGAGCACCUGGCCCCGCCCCCCAGUUACCGCAGUCCUAGGUGCACAGACGCUGUGACCGCUGCUUUUCUCACCUGUCUCUCCCUCCUUGGAGGCAGGGACCAACUUGCUCUGUCACUAGCCCAGAGCCUGGCACACAGCAGGUACCAGGUAAGUGCUGAAGGAGACAGGAGCAGCCCUGCCUCGCGGUGGCGCACCUUAUCCGUGGUCACAUCAUGUGCCAGGGGACGGCGGUGGGGUACAGAAAUCCAAGCCCGUCAAGGAGCAAACCCUGUCAGUUCCACCUCCAGUCUAUCCAGAAUCCAGCCACCUUCACCACCUCGCUGCUCCCUCCCAGGCCCUGGCACCGAUCUCCUAUGCCCUGACUCUCCAGAGGUUCCACUCAGUGAAAAGCAGGUGGCCCUCUGUGGCCCAGAGGCCCUCAGCCUCCUGCACCUCCUCUCCCCUCUCCUCUCCCACACUCUACCCUGCCUCACUGGCCCUCUGGCUGUUCCUGGCACAUGCCAAGUUCCUACCUCAGGGCCUUUGCACAUCCCAAGACCUCUGUGUGGUACCAGGGACACUGGGCUUGGGUACCCAGUUGGCUAUUCCCUCACUUCCAUCAGGCCUCUGCUCAAAGGUCAUCUCAUCACCAGACCCUUGCCCAGCCACUCUGCCCCCAGCACUCCUGCCCCUGUCCCUGACUCAGCCUCUUCCACAGCACUCUCCAACGACAUUCACUUGGCCAUCUGCUUAAGACUUACCCCCCUACAAGAAAAUGUGCUUCACAGGGGCAGAUGUCUUGUUCCCCUCUGUGUCCCAGGGCCUGGAGCAGCUCCUGGCACAGAGCAGGUGCUCUGUGAAUACCCGCUGAAUGAGUGA